AAUAAGAACAUGGUAUGAAUGAUAACAGCAGCAUAUCCAAGAACAUAUCCAGAAUCAUCAGUGUUAGUAUCUUUAUUAGUUGUAUUUGGAUUAGUUGUGUUGUUAUUUGGUUAAGGUGUAACUGUUGAACAAGCUUAGCAUCCAAUAGUUUCAGUAUUCCAAAUAUAAGUAAAACCAGAAACAGACAAACAGGUUUCAGCAGUCAGUCAAAGUUUUUGGAUCAACUUCAGAGCAUUUUCCUUGAAUAGUCUGACAGAUUUAUUACAAACUCUCAUCAAAGCUGAGGAAAUUUUCACAUCUAGCACAAGUAUGUUAUUCACAUUUGGAUGAACUAGCUGGUGUAGUUGCAGUUGCUGGAACUUGAUCAGUCCAUGCACAUUUUCUAGCAAAAUUUUUGCAAGCAUCUUUAUCAUUAUUAGCUUAUGAACAAGA